GCAACCGGUGUGAGAUUUGAGAGCACAACGAGGCGGGGAAUGUUUUGUCCUUCACUGUGGAAUUUUUUUUUUUAACAUAGGAGCAGGAAAAAUGCCAUUCUGUUUGAAAUGGAGGAGUAGUGGAACAUAGUGCUGGUCUUCGGAAGUUUAUUGUUUUUUUUUUACGAUGGCUGAUAAAAACCACACAAUUCCUGCGAAGGGCUUGUUGUCCUCAAACAGAAAAAACUGGGAUUGUGACAAAUCCACACAUUUUGAAAGUGGACGAAAAAAUCACCAGAUCAAGGUCCAUGAUCUGCGAGAGAGGGUUCAGGCCCGCCGGAAGUCUCUCAAUGACUCUCUGGAGGGUGAAGUCAGGGCCUUUCUGAUCAACGAAGCAGAGCUCCACACCUAUGAUGACCUCACCAAAGUGAAUCCAGUUACGCCAACUACAGUCCUUAAAUGCCUGCAGGCCAGGUACAGCGCAAGGGUGUUCUACACUCAUGCAGGUUGCACACUGGUAGCUCUCAACCCCUUCCAUCCUGUACCGCACCUCUACUCUCUAGAUGUGAUGAAAGAAUACCACACUGCUCCGAAGCCUCAGGAAUUCAAGCCUCACAUCUUCAUAGUGGCCGAGGAGGCAUACAGGAAUGUGCAAGGUCAAAUAGAACCAAUCAACCAGUCCCUCGUGGUCAGUGGAGAGAGUGGAGCAGGAAAGACAUGGACGUCCAGGUGCCUGAUGAAGUACUAUGCCACAGUGGCUGCCUCCUCUCAGAGCUGUCAGGACACGGUGGACAGGAUCGAGAAAAGAGUCCUGGACUCCAACCCCAUCAUGGAGGCCUUUGGAAACGCCUGCACUUUACGGAAUAACAACAGCAGUCGAUUUGGAAAAUACAUUCAGCUUCAGCUAAACAGGUCUCAGUUGCUGGUUGGGGCGUCGGUCCAAACUUAUCUGCUAGAAAAGACCAGGGUUGCCUUUCAAGCUACUAACGAAAGGAAUUUCCACAUAUUUUACCAGAUGAUGAAAGGGGCCACGGAACAGCAGAGACAGGAGUGGAGGAUGCCACAUGACCAGAGGUUCAACUGGUUGCCAAAUGCUGACAAAACCUUGGAGGAGGAUUGCUUCGAGGACACACUGGAGGCCAUGGUUCAUCUUAGCAUUGACUCAGAGAAGCAGGCACAGAUAUUCAGGAUUUUAGCUGGCCUCCUCCAUCUAGGGAAUGUGGCCUUCAGUCCACCUACAGAUGAAUCUCAGCCCUGUGACCUUGAGGAAGCGUCAAAAGUUUUCUUGUCGACGACGUCAGAGUUGCUGAGGAUCCCAGUGGAGGAGCUGCAGUCCUGUCUGCGAGUGCGCGCCCUGAAAGCGGGUAGGCAGAGUGCCCUCCUCAAGCCCUGCUCUCAGGCUGAAUGUGGUGUGCGCAGGGACUGCUUGGCCAAAGUCAUCUAUGCACAAUUGUUUGACUGGAUGGUUUCCUUCAUCAAUAAGAGUAUGUGUGCUGACAACUCAAGUUGGUGCAACUUCAUAGGACUGCUGGAUGUCUAUGGUUUCGAGUGCUUCCACAACAACAACCUAGAGCAGCUGUGCAUCAACUACGCUAAUGAGAAACUGCAGCAGCACUUCGUGGGCCACUAUCUCAAAGCACAGCAGGAGGAGUAUGUGUCCGAGGGGCUGAAGUGGUCCUUUGUCAAAUACCAGGAUAACCAGGGCUGUUUGGAUCUCAUAGAGGGCAGCCCCACCAGCAUCUUCUCUCUGCUCAAUGAGGUCUGCCGACUGAACCGAGCCUCGGACGCCAAGCAGGUCAUGGCGCGCCUGGAGAAGGAGCUGUCUGGCAAUGACAGAGUGAGCUGGGACAAGUUCAGCCAGCAGCCCCAUUUCAUCGUGUCCCACUAUGCUGGGAAGGUCAGCUAUCAGAUUGAAGGCAUGAUGGAGAAGAACAAGGACCCAGUUCCCCCUGAGCUGAUCCGGCUACUGCAGCAGUCUGAGGACCCUCUGAUGCACAGCAUGUUUGUUGAUAUUGAUGCCGAAGGGGUGACUGCCCGAGGACACAACAAAGUGGUCACUGUGGUCUCCAAAUUUAAGAACUCUCUGGAGAGCUUAAUGAAGAUACUGCACGACACCACACCUCACUACACCCGCUGCAUCAAACCCAACCCAGACUGCAGGCCUCUCACUUUCAAGAAGGAGGAGGUGAUUACUCAGCUGGAAGCUUGUGGUAUUGUGGAGACCAUCAAUAUAAGCGCAGCAGGAUUUCCCAUACGGAUUCCUUACGCAAGCUUCCUGCAGCGCUAUGGGCUCAUCACGCAUGCCAGAGCACCUGCUCAGCUGACCAGUCUGAAUGGAUUUGAGUCUGGAGACAAGGACAGCCUUGGUUCAGCUGUAAUGGAUGUUCUCAGGGUGGUUUUAAGAAGACACACGGCUUAUCCCCAGCUGCAUUCAGACACCACCACCCACAGCUCACUGGUGCAUUGUGGGAGGACUAAAGUCUUUCUGACUCAUGUCAUGCUGGAGUCGCUGGAAGAACAUCGGGCCAAAGUACGCUCUCAGAAGGCCUGGUCUAUUCAGUGCUACUGGCGAAAAUACCAGAGACGGCGACGCGAAGCUAGGAGACAAGCUGCUACCCUCAUCCAAGCAGUGGUUAGAUCCUGGUUGAUUCGACAGCAGAUAAAGAAAUGGACCAAAGCUGCUGCCGUCAUUCAGCAGAAGUGGAAAGAGUGGAGGACGUUAAUGGACGCCCUAGCUGAAGCAGAGCUGGACGAUGCAGAGGACAUGCUGGAGGAGACUCUGGCCUCGUUGCCCGUGCUGGACCCGCUGGUGAGAGAGAGGGGCUCGGUGCAGCUCUCCAGUCUCCAGGAGCCGGUGGUGGUGCGGAGUUGGCCCAUGGGCCUGGCACUGGCCUCGGCGCCCAACAUCACCGUGGCUCUGACCGCCACGGGCUUCCAGAAGGUCAUGUCCAUGUUGGCGACGCUCAAGAUGCCCUUCAGGAGCGGGGAGUACAAAGUGGAGACCAAUCAGUUCGACCAGGGCGUCGCCUCCAUACGGGCUCAGCCACGGGGAUCCGUGAAGAUGCACCUUCAGCGAUCACCACUCCGUUUCGCCAAUAUGUAUCCUGGACACAAGGGUGAUGGGAUCACAGGUUUCAACCAGAUCCUUCUAGAGAAACACAGACAGUCGGGAGUUUAAUCUGUUGCAGUCAACACUAGUAUGUAUCAAAUGAAUCAUUGCACCUUCAAAACAAUGUGUACAAAUGACCGACCAAGGGAGAUUUUCCUGUAGCUGCCUUAUUUAAAUGUUAUUUAAUGACUUAAUGAAUGACUUUGUGGCUGAUAAUGUUUAAGUGCCUUAGGUUUAUGAUUGGGUGGAUGUAUUUCAAGUGAUCUUUAAUAAGAAAAAAAUUCUAGCAGUAUAAAGUAGUUUAGAGUAUUUUAUUAUAGUAACCUUUCUUUCACAUUAGUACACAAAGAUUCUAAACGUUUAUAUAGAUCUUGAUCAGAGAAGCUGAAAUGGACUGGCUGUAUGCAAACAUGCUAUAUGUUAGUUAAUACUUGAACAGAGGCAUUGCUGAUUGUACUCACAUGUUAUUUCACCAGUGUUCUACUGGUCGGUUAUGACCAUGUCGUUUAAUUUAUGAUUUGUAUACAGUGCUUUUCUACCAAGUCUACCCUAAAAGCUGCUAAAAAGCCAAAGAAUGCUUGGGUUUUGGUCAGAGAGGCAUGAUUAAGCAAUAAGAUUCUUGAUUCCAAUAUAUCAGAAGGGAUUUUACUUGUACAACAUUUGCGACAGGAUGUUAAAAGGGCUGACUUGCCUCUUUCCUCAGUAUCAUUACGUUCUUUACCAGAAGCACCUGGAGAAUGUACAGGACUAUCGACCCUCUGAUGUUUGUGCAUGUUUUCUUGUCUUUGCAGAGGGUCUAGUUAUCCAAAUAGGACCAAAAAUUGCUCAGGAUGUAUUGUGCCAUAGUGAAUUUGAUACUGAUUUGACACUUCAGGGAGUUCAUCUCCAAUGUCUGUAAUGUUUGGUGUAAUGCAUUCUGCUUCAUAAGACAACACAACAGUAGCCAGUUGUACUCUUGCUGAUUUCUUCAAACCUCCAUGGAGAUUUGCAGCCAGGGGAGGGAUAGACCAAUCAGGCUAGACUAUCUUAAGCGAUAAAGAAUACACCCAACUUUGUAGAGACUCGAGAUAUGACAAUAAAAAAAGCAUUCAACGCA